GGCGGGGAGCGGGAGGGCGGCCCGGCCCCCGCCCCCUGCGGCCGGCGCCCCUCGGGCGCUCCGGGAGGCGCUUCCGGCUGGACGGCGCGCCCGCUCUCGGUCUCGCGCCCACCCCGCCGGCUUCCUCCGCUCGGUCCCCGCCGGCGCCGCGCCCACCAUGCGCCUCAACGGCUCGGCGCCGGGUCCGCGGGGCGCGCCGGGCGCCAAGCCCUUCCCGCUGCCACCCUCGGGGCUGGAGGCGGCGCUCCUGGUCCCCGGCUUCGGUAACGGCUCAGUCAAUGAGUCCGAGCGCCUCCGAGCGACGCCCAGCAGCGACCUGGAUGUGAACACGGACAUCUACUCCAAGGUGCUGGUGACCGCCGUGUACCUGGCGCUCUUCGCGGUGGGCACCGUGGGCAACUCGGUGACGGCGUUCACGCUGGCGCGCAAGAAGUCGCUCCAGAGCCUGCAGAGCACGGUGCAUUACCACCUGGGCAGCCUGGCGCUCUCCGACCUGCUCAUUCUGAUGCUGGCCAUGCCCGUGGAGCUGUACAACUUCAUCUGGGUGCACCACCCCUGGGCCUUCGGCGACGCCGGCUGCCGGGGCUACUACUUCCUGCGCGAUGCCUGCACCUACGCCACCGCCCUCAACGUGGCCAGCCUCAGCGUGGAGCGCUACCUGGCCAUCUGCCACCCCUUCAAGGCCAAGACCCUCAUGUCUCGCAGCCGCACCAAGAAGUUCAUCAGUGCCAUCUGGCUGGCCUCGGGCCUGCUGGCCCUGCCCAUGCCCUUCACCAUGGGCCAGCAGAACCGCAGCGCCGACGGCCAUCACCCCGGCGGCCUGGUGUGCACCCCCAUAGUGGGCACCGCCACGAUCAAGGUCGUCAUCCAGGUUAACACCUUCAUGUCCUUCGUGUUCCCCAUGGUGGUCAUCUCCGUCCUGAAUACCAUCAUCGCCAACAAGCUGACCAUCAUGGUCAGCCAGGCAUCUGAGCAGGGCCAGGUGUGCGCAGUUGGGGACCAACAGAGCUCAUUCAACAUGUCCAUCGAGCCUGGCAGGGUCCAGGCCCUGCGGCACGGCGUUCGGGUCUUACGGGCAGUGGUCAUCGCCUUCGUGGUCUGCUGGCUGCCCUACCACGUCCGGCGUCUCAUGUUCUGCUACAUUUCAGACACGCAGUGGACCCCGUUCCUCUACGACUUUUACCACUAUUUCUACAUGCUGACCAACGCCCUCUUCUACAUCAGCUCCGCCAUCAACCCCAUCCUGUACAACCUGGUCUCCGCCAACUUCCGCCAGGCCUUCCUGUCCACCCUGGCCUGCCUCUGUCCCCUGUGGGGGCGCAGGAGGAAGAGGCCAGCCUUCUCCAGGAGGACCAACAGUGUGUCCAGCAACCACACGUUCUCCAGCAACGUCACCCGGGAAACACUGUACUAGGCGGGUGGGGCCCCGCCGCUCGGCAGCCCCCCCCACCCCCACCCCUGGGGCGGCGGAGGGGUCCGGCGAGGCCCGGGGCCCCACUUCUUUCAGCUUCUCCCCCAGCCCGCCCCACCCCUCCCUCCUCUCCUCUUUGAACGCCACGGAGAGAUUGUUCCUCUCCCGGAUCCAGAAAGGGCCUUUAAUGAGGACAAAUUAGUGCUGGGUGAAAGGCAGACUUCUUUGUUCCCAGACGGCUGUGUGUUGAGGGUGGACAGAAAUGAAAGGCAGGGUCGGGCCAGGCGGGCGUUGGGGGCGGCAGUGCCUCUGGGGGGGUGGGGGGGUGGGAAGAGGCCGGCCGAGGUCCUGGCGCCCCAGGGGAGCGAGGAGAGGACCCCUACCCUCCUCUGGUACAGCAGGCAGCCAGACGGCCCCCCUCCAAGGGCGACUCCCGGGAAGCUUCCCUGUGUCCCCACAGACCACCCGGGGGUCGGGGUGCCGGGCAUCGGCCGGACCCGGGCCUCCCCCUCCUCUCCCGCCUCCUCGCCAAAGCAGCGGGCUCCACAGGGAUGCCAGCUGCUGGGGGGCUGCCCUGGAAGUCCUCUUGGCUUG